AUGGAUUACUUCAGUAUUAAACAAGAUUAUUAUUCGGGUAAUUUCUCUCAUGUUUUACAAGAUAUUGAAAAACAAAACAUUGAAGAUGAUACUUUGUUGUUUUAUAAAUUGAAGACAUUAUUGGCAUUAAAAAAAUAUGAGUUAGGUGUAUGUUCAAAUAAUAAACUUGGUUUCGUAUUUGAUUUAUACUAUAAAUAUUUGCAAUCCAAAGAUAUUUCUGAAUUAGAAUCUAAUAUUAAAAUGGAGACAGCUACUCCCUAUGAAAUAAAUGUCUUAGCUUCCGCUUUUGCUAUUGACGGUAGAUUAGAUGAAAGUUUAGAGGCUUGUGUCUAUGGGAUUGAUAACUCUGAGUUGCCUGGUGUAACUGAACUAUUAUUACUGGCAAUUCAAGUAGCUUUGCUUGAUGGCCAGGUAAGCAUUGCUCAAACCAUGUUGGAUAAUUUUAUUAAUUCCCAAGAGGAUGCCAUAACUAGUGAGGAUGAAUUAUUAGUUAAUCUAGCUGAGUCUUAUAUUAAAUUUGCAACAAAUCAAGACACUACAUCAUCUAAUUUCUAUUAUUUUGAAGAAUUGUCGCAAACUUUCCCAACUUGGAAAACUCAAUUAGGUUUAAUGAAUUUACAUUUACAACAAUCUAAUAUUGAAGAAGCCCAGGGGAUUGUGAAUGUCCUUGAAUCUGAUUAUUAUUCAGUAGAACAAAGUGAGGCUGCUGAAUUAUAUAAACCACAUUUUUUGGCUAACAAGAUUACAUUAGCUAUAUUAACCGGUUCUGAGGAGGUUGAUGAUUUAAAAAAUCAAUUAGAACAAUUAGAUCCAAAUCAUCCAUUAAUUAAAAAUAAUAAGAGACUUAACACAGAAUUUGAUGAAAUUGUAGCUAAAUAUAAGGUUUAG